UAAUGAAUUACAGUAGUCCAGCCUGGAAGUAAUAAAUGCAUGAACUAGUUUUAUUCUAGGGUCAGAUUUGUUAUUGUACACACAUUUGCACAUUGUGUACUGUGCACGUGCACUGGUACAGACUACAAAUAACAUCUGAGCAUCAGAACAGUCGCUGAAAUAGAGCAGAAGUAGAAACAGAAAGUAGCGUAUCAUAGAAAUACUUACUCAUUGAUUUUGCUUUUGUUCUCAGGUGAGUCACAGUUUAAAUAACCGUGUAUGAACUGUUAAAGUGUGAAGUGUCUCUGGCCUGAAGAACGUGGCAGCACUUUGAGCUCACGUUCAGUGAUGGGCGGUUUGUGUUGGCUCAUGUUUUGGGAGUAGUUCGAUGCACAGAAACAUACGAAGUAACGUCAGUACAGAAAAGGAGAGCACUUCUGUGAAUGAUGAAUUAGCCGGUGGAACAGGUCGGGCUGCUCUGCAGACACACCCGAUUCCUCAGCUGAGCCACCUGAGGGGCGUUGCCGGCUGCGCUCUCACCUUAGAGCUGAACUUAAAGCACACCUGAGUGCACCCCAGAGACAGAAACACCACAGAGAUGGACAACCUCGCAGAGAUGGCCGGCCAAAAAGUGGGUAGCUUGGUGGAGGGGGCAGUGAAGGGAGCUCUGAAUUCAGCCAACAAGAACAAAGAUGAGAAGAAAGGAGGAGGCGGCAUCUUCUCGAUGUUUGGAGGCAACAAGAACAAAAACAAGGACAAAACAGAUGACAAACAGAAGAAAGACGAUAAAGGAGCACCCCUCCCAAAUGUGCCCAACAAAGAUGGUAGUGGGGGCAAGAAACCAGUACCUGAAGGGAAUCUAGCGGGAACUGCAGGAGGGAACGUGGGACCGACGAUGGGAGGAGGUGCAGGAGGGAACGUGGGACCGACGAUGGGAGGAGGUGCAGGAGGGAACGUGGGACCGACGAUAGGAGGUGGUGCAGGAGGGAACGUGGGACCGAUGAUGGGAGGAGGUGCAGGAGGAAGUGGAGGAUCAGCUGGACCUGUAGCACAGGGAGGAGUCACAGCAGACAGAGAUCUGAUGGAUGAUCUGUUCGAGCUGGGAGAAGAAAUGAAAGGGAACUGAAGCAAAAGGAAGAAACCCCGACUUCCACCACAACCACUCAGAGAAGAUCCGGAAAGACGAGCGCACCCACAUUUUUCUCUGAUCUACAGUUUUGCACAGAACUAAAGAUUUUAAUGCAUUAUCAGCCUAUUAUUCAUCGUGUUUCAUUCAUCGUGUUUUCUGCUUUAAAACUCAGGCAGAUGAAGAGAUAACCAGUCAGUGUGUUUAACUUUAUCAUAAUAAUAGCACCAGCAAAGAUGUUAUGAACAAAUAAAUUUAAAUGUUUUA